AUGUCUUCUUCUAAAUCCACUCUUACUGCCCAGGAACUGAAGGCCCUUGCCUCUAAGGCGAUCGCUGCUAAAGCUACGGCCUACUGUCCGUAUUCUAAAUUCCGCGUUGGAGCAUGUAUUCUCACCCAGUCUGGUGAAUACAUCACCGGUGCCAAUGUCGAAAACGCAUCCUAUCCUGUUGGCACAUGUGCAGAACGAGUGGCCUUUGGUACUGCUGUCGUCUCUGGAUAUCAUGACUUCAGAGCUAUUGCUAUCGCCACCGAUAGUAACCCUCCAGCGUCCCCAUGCGGCAUGUGCAGACAGUUGUAA